ACAGUCUUUAUAACAGGCCAGAACCAAGGUUCCUUGGGUACCAGGCUGUUUCCACCUCCUUGCCUUUGCUCUGCUGUUUCCUCUGCCUGGGGCACCCUUCUUCCCUGGCCAGUCUCUAUUAUCAAGACUACUCAGACUCUCCUCUAGAAGUGCUUUGACUCUCACUCCACCCCUUCACCCCAUCCUACCCCUAAGUUUAACUAAACUAGACACAGUAUAGUGAAUGGUUAAGAACCAGUCUGCUUCACCACCUACUAACUGUGAGACCUUGGGCAAGUUUCUUAUUUUCUGUGAGCCUCUGUUUUGUCACUGUUAAAAUGAGGAUAAUAAUAGAACUAACCUUAGACUUUUUGUGAGCAUUAAUACGUGUAAAGCCAGUUAACAGGGCAAGUAAGUUAAUGCUGAGAAGAGCACUUAGAGGCCAGGUGCUCACACCUAUAAUCCCAGCACUUUGGGAAGCCAAGAUGGGCGUAUUGCUUGAGCUUGGGAGUUUGAAACCAGCCUGGGCAACAUGAUGAAACCCGUCUCUAUUUAAAAAAAAAAAAGAAAAAGAAUAAAGCAAAGCACUUAGAGGAGCUCUUCAUAUCAUUAAGCCUGGCCCAAUAUCUGAGAUAUGACACACCUGGUAGCUCAUGUCCCCAUGCUCCUCUGCUUGUCUGUGAAGGCUCAAGAGGUGACAGUUUAAUCACCCCAGCCUCUGUCUCUUCAUGUUGUCAUUGAGUCUGUUCUAGCCUUUUAUGACAUGUUUUUUGAGGGGCCUAAUUCACUUCUAUUCCAUGAUUCAUUUAACACGUAUGUCCCUUCUGUGGGUCAGGCCAAGUGAUAUUGUGAAAAGAACACUGGACAGCAAGACAGGAGACCUUGGAUCUGCCACUCACUGACUGUGAGGAGGGUCACGCAGCACAAUGCCAGCUCUGCCCCUGGACCAACUCCAGAUCACCCACAAGGACCCGAAGACAAGAAAGCUGAGGACUUCACCAGCGCUGCACCCCGAGCAGAAGGCAGACCGGUAUUUUGUGUUAUACAAACCGCCCCCUAAAGACAACAUUCCCGCCCUAGUGGAGGAGUACCUGGAACGCGCCACCUUCGUAGCCAAUGACCUCGACUGGCUCCUGGCCUUGCCUCACGAUAAAUUCUGGUGCCAGGUGAUCUUUGACGAGACUCUACAGAAGUGCCUGGACUCCUACCUGCGCUAUGUCCCCCGCAAAUUCGACGAGGGGGUGGCCUCAGCCCCUGAGGUUGUUGACAUGCAGAAGCGCCUCCAUCGAAGUGUUUUUCUCACCUUCCUCCGCAUGUCCACUCACAAGGAAUCCAAAGAUCACUUCAUUUCCCCUUCUGCGUUUGGAGAAAUCCUCUACAAUAACUUCCUCUUUGACAUUCCAAAGAUCCUGGACCUCUGCGUGCUCUUUGGAAAAGGCAACUCACCACUGCUCCGGAAGAUGAUAGGAAACAUCUUUACACAGCAGCCAAGUUACUACAGUGACCUGGAUGAAACCCUGCCUACCAUCCUUCAGGUCUUCAGCAAUAUCCUCCAGCACUGUGGUUUGCAAGGGGACGGGGCCAGUACCACACCCCAGAAGCUCGAGGAGAAGGGCCGAUUGACCCCCAGCGACAUGCCUCUCCUGGAAUUAAAGGACAUUGUUCUCUACCUUUGUGAUACCUGCACCACACUUUGGGCCUUUCUGGAUAUCUUCCCUUUGGCUUGCCAGACCUUCCAGAAGCACGACUUUUGUUACAGGCUUCUUGGUGACCUGUGGCAGAGGCUCUCCCAUUCCAGGAAGAAGCUAAUGGAGAUUUUCCACAUCAUCCUGAACCAGAUCUGCCUCCUUCCCAUCCUAGAAAGCAGCUGUGACAACAUUCAGGGCUUCAUAGAAGAGUUCCUUCAGAUCUUCAGCUCCUUGCUGCAGGAGAAGAGGUUCCUCCGGGACUAUGAUGCACUCUUCCCCGUGGCUGAAGACAUCAGCUUGCUGCAGCAGGCCUCGUCAGUCUUGGACGAGACGCGGACUGCCUACAUCCUCCAGGCAGUCGAGAGUGCAUGGGAAGGGGUGGACAGACGGAAAGCCGCAGAUGCUAAAGACCCAACGGUGACUGAGGAGCCUAAUGGGGAGCCUAACGGGGUCGUGGUGACAGCAGAGGCAGUCAGUCAAGCGUCAUCACAUCCGGAGAACUUGGAGGAAGAGGAGUGCAUGGGAGCAGCUGCGGCUGUGGGCCCUGCCGUGUGUGGGGUGGAGCUGGACUCACUCAUCUCCCAAGUGAAGGACCUGCUGCCAGACCUUGGUGAGGGCUUCAUCCUGGCCUGCCUGGAGUACUACCACUACGACCCAGAGCAGGUGAUCAACAAUAUCCUGGAGGAGCGGCUGGCCCCCACCCUCAGCCAGCUGGACCGCGACCUAGACAGAGAAAUGAAACCAGACCCUACACCCCUGCUGACGUCUCGCCACAACGUCUUCCAGAAUGACGAGUUUGAUGUGUUCAGCAGGGACUCAGUAGACCUGAGCCGGGUGCACAAGGGCAAGAGCACCAGGAAGGAGGAAAACACGCGGAGUUUGCUCAACGACAAGCGUGCAGUGGCGGCACAGCGGCAGCGCUACGAGCAGUACAGUGUGGUGGUGGAGGAGGUGCCACUGCAGCCAGGCGAGAGCCUGCCCUACCAUAGUGGCUACUACGAGGAUGAGUACGAUGACACAUACGAUGGCAACCAGGUGGGCGCCAAUGAUGCAGACUCUGACGAUGAGCUCAUCAGCCGCAGGCCAUUCACCAUCCCUCAGGUGCUGAGAACCAAAGUGCCUAGAGAAGGGCAGGAGGAGGAUGACGACGAUGAGGAAGACGAGGCUGACGAGGAGGCUCCCAAGCCCGACCAUUUCGUGCAGGACCCUGCAGUGCUGAGAGAGAAGGCAGAAGCCAGGCGCAUGGCCUUUCUCGCCAAGAAAGGGUACCGGCAUGACAGCUCAACAGCAGUGGCCAGCAGCCCCCGAGGCCAUGGGCAGAGCCGCGAGACAACCCAGGAACGCAGGAAGAAGGAAGCCAACAAGGCGACAAGAGCCAACCACAACCGGAGAACCAUGGCAGACCGCAAGAGGAGCAAAGGCAUGAUCCCAUCCUGAGGUCUGGUGCAGGGCCAGCUGGGAGGCAGCGGCACAAGACUCACCAGGCCGCGCUCCCAUUGCCUGGGGCCUCCUCACUAGGGGCCCCAAGUUCAACUCGACCCCUCAACAGCCUCAGCUUUGCAGCCCCUGAGAAGGCCGCCUCUCAUCUACCAGCCAGCCAUGAGCGCCUUCCUGCAGAACACACAGUGCCUUAUGCCACAGCCGAAGAAUCCGUGGGGCCGGCAAGCAGGCACCUUCCCCCAGCUGUGCUGGCGGGAAAGAGAUGGGGAUGGAGUCCCAAGGCAAGCGCCCCAAACCUCGGGCCACAAGACACCACUUCCCCUUUACCCUGGACAGCAGGAAACCUGUAUAUUCAAAAACAGAAAAAGGCCUGCUAAUAAAAUUUUUGACCCUUUCAAACGAA